CUACCUACCUACCUGUCACCAGUGUCAAUUCAAUGACUCUCCACUCUCAUCAUCGCUUAACAAUACACACUCUUUUUCUCUCUCUGUAAUAACUACUCUAAUUUGCAGGUCUUCUGUGCCUACCCCACCAAGGUAACUGAUUUCCAAUCUGAUUUGAGGCAUACCCAUCUUCAUAUUCUCACUCCCCACGCUUCUAUCGCUUCAGUACUCCGCAAAGAUAGCCAGGAGAGCCAAAUGGGUAGUGAUGGAAAGGUCUUCACUUUGGCCCAAGUUUCUGAACACAACACACCAAAGGACUGUUGGCUAAUCAUUAAUGGCAAGGUGUAUGAUGUGACCAAGUUUUUGGAGGACCACCCUGGUGGUGAUGAUGUUUUGUUAUCGGCAACAGGGAAGGAUGCAACGGAUGAUUUCGAGGAUGUGGGUCAUAGUGAUAGUGCUAGAGACAUGUUGAAAGAAUACUAUGUAGGCGAGAUCGAUGUCUCAACUAUUCCAAAGAAGACAACUUAUUCACCUCCAAAGCAGCCUUACUACAAUCAAGACAAGACAUCUGAGUUUAUUAUCAAGCUUCUGCAGUUCUUAGUUCCCCUUGCAAUCUUGGGUAUUGCCGUUGGCAUCCGCUUUUACGCCAAAUCACUCUAAGGCUCUACUUCUAGUUAGUGUUUGUUUGGUGAUAGACCAUUACUUGUCUAGUUAUGCUAGCUAUUUGAGACUGCAUCAUUAUCUGUAUUUGUUGCUUGUUGCAAGUUGGGAUCAGAGCUAAGUUAAGUGUAACUUAGUGUGUUUGUCCUUUCUUUUUCUCUAGAAUAAUGAUAUUGUAUGACCUUAAUUCAUCCUUAGUAAAAAAAAGAAAGAUUAUAAAUGGAGACUA